AUGGCUUCGAGGCAUGUUCCCUACACGGAUAUUUCGGAUAUGGGCCGUGCAGCUCAGGAGACGGAAUUGCAACGUGCUGCUAAUCAGCAACUUAUUGAAGAGGGCAGAAUAAUUAAGCACAAAGAGCUGGAAAAGCAAAGACGUGAGGAGGAAAAUGAAGAUGACUGUAGCAAUGGGCGUCCUGAUGUUAUUAUCAGAGUUAAUUCUGGAGGUGCUUCACGCUUGAGUAGCCAGCGUUCUUCAGUGGAUUUUGCAUCGUCAGUCAGUUCAAGAAAUUUAGAUGCACGUGAACUACGAAGCCAAUUGAUACAAUUGGAGGAGAAAGUCAAAGGAGCGAUGCUAUCCAACGUUCAAUUAGACAAUGAUAAACAGCUUUUAAAAUAUGAAGUCGAUCUACUAAAAGAUAAAUUAGAAGACCUUACAGAUGCUUACGCAUCUUUGAAUAAAACUUUCCUGGAAAAUAAACGGGAAUUAUCAUAUCAAAAAAUGCAAAUUAUCGAAUUAACACAUCGUUUAGAUUAUGCACGUCGUCAAGUAGAAGCUCGUGAUCAAUUAAUAAUUGAACAUGGUUUAGUACUACUUGGUGGUGAUGGUAUCAGUACAGAUGCUGUUACACUACCAUUACCAUCUAACGAACAGUUGAUAAGUGGUGAACAAUCUUCAAAUAUGAAUAAAAUAAAUCCUGUCAAUAGUAAUAAUAUGAAAAUGAUGAUGAAUGGUUUAUCCAAUAAUCAUUCUAAAUCAAAUAAUCUACCUUCUCAUCAAAAUGAUGAUAAAUCAAAUCAUUAUUUACCUGAAAUGGUUUUAAUAACAAAAUCUACAGCUGAACUUUUAAAUACCUUAUCUGAAACAACAUUAGAUAAGCAAAUUCAACAGCUAUUCAAUAUACGUUCAGAGUUGGAUUCACGUGUUGAAGAACUGGAAUCUCAACUAAGAGAGGAACGUAAACGUGUAGAAGCUCCAGCUACACGUUACGAUUCUAAAAAUCGUACAAAUGCAGCUAAUACAGAGGAUAUUAAACAUGAACUUCAACAAAGUCGUAAUCAAGCUCAAGAAUAUAAACUCAAGUUUCAUGAAUCAUCUCAAAAGAUCUCUGCUCUAGAGAGUGAUAUUGUACGUUUAGAAGGACAAACAAAACGAUAUAAAGCAAUUGCAGAUGCAUGUGAAGAACAAGAAGAAGUCUUGAAACAAGAUCGACGGAAGUGUCAACGUGAACUACGUGAAGUACAAUCGAAACUUGAAGAUUUGAAGGCAGAGAAUGCUCGACUUCAACGUAUAGUGGAUAAAUAUAAUCGAGGUUCUGUUGCCCCUUCAAGUAGUCUAGUCCCAAGCAGUAUUAAUAACAAUAGUAGUAGUAGUAG